AUCACAAGCAUCAUCAGCAUUUCAUCAGAGUUGUGCAACAUCCUUAUUCAACGGGUGGCAACCUCAUCCCCGUAUAAAAUCACUCUUUGUUCCUCACCUCUUAUCUGCAUCACCCGUAACUCAUGAAUCUUCUGUGGAUUUUAGGACUAUCGUUUUCUGCAUACGGCGUCGCUUUAUACCUUGGGCGCGCUGUCCGACGUAGGCUGCUCGUGAAGCAGACAUGUGUGCUCGACAUCGACUCACUGGGACUUAGGCUUCCUCGCGAGAAAAUCAAGGGAACAGCUGUUAUCUGUGGCGGAAGCAUCGGGGGUCUCAUGGCAGCUCGAGUAUGCCAUGACCACUUUGACGACGUUGUCGUCGUUGAACCAGAGGCGUGGCUGAACACGGCGGAUGCAACACGUGUAGAUCCAUGGAACCAACAAAGCAAGCGCUCCCGAAUUAUGCAAUACGACUCCUUGCAUGUCCUUCUACCUUUGGGAUACAAGGCAAUGUCUAAACUGUUCCCCAAUCUCGAAGAACAAGGAAAAGCAUCUGGCAUCAAAGUGGGUCCUAGCAAAUUGCACAUUCAUUUUUGGGGAAACGAUACUCGGAUGCCAGAUGAAGAAUACGGAGGCGCCCUUCCUAAAACCAUCUAUGCAGGCCGCGCUGGUAUGGAGACGUUUCUACGUCGCCUGGUACUCGGGGGUGAUUACAAGAAUAUUCGCCAAGUCAUUGGGACAGUCACCGGUGUCGCUCGAAAUACCCGCAGUCCAGAGUUCAUCGACCAGGUUACGAUCCGUACCCCUGAAGGUAUCCAAAAUAUUCCCGCUGUUCUCGUCGUCGAUUGCACAGGCGUCGCUGCCGCUGGCAUGAAAUGGCUUCGACGGGAAGGAUAUGGGUUCGCCGAUAGAUACAGUCCGAACCAGUUACCUCUCGACCAACUAAAGAUUGCCUACGAUCAAAAGCUUCAUUACACUACACUCCAAUUUCACGUCACGCCUGAACUUGGGAGAGAGCUCCCCGGACUCCCGGUUCCAUACGAUGAAUGUUGGGUAAUUUAUCACAACUCGAUGGAUCCCAAGAAGGAUAACCGCAGUGUAUAUUCUCACUGUGUGGAUGGAGACAUCAUACAAAUUUGUUUCAGUGCCAUGGGUGAAUGCGAACUUCCGAAGACGCUUGAGGAAGCGAAGGCCUGCGCUCGAUCUCUAGUCACUGAAAAACCUAUCCCUGAGACGUUCUUCCAAAUGCUUGACAUGCUCGACAAAGUGAAAGAUACCAUGACUUGCAGUGAAGUUCAUUAUCCCGGUUCCAGCUACAUCAGAUACGAAAGAGCUGCCAACUUGCCGACGAAUUGGGUUGCUAUGGGCGACAGUGUCAUGAGGAUCAACCCCAUCUAUGGGCAGGGGUGCUCCAAGGCCUUCUUUGGUGCUAUUUGUCUACACAAGCUGCUCAUGGACUCGACGGUGAUACCAAAAGAUUUAUCAAAGAAAUAUUUUCGCAUCCACGCAGAGAAGAUUAGUCCACUAUGGGCAUCUCUCAAAGUUGGUGAUUAUUCGUUCCCGACGACAGUCCCACUUCCCGGGGAGACAUUAUCUAAAGGCUCGUGGCUUCGAUGGUACAUGAAGAAGCUGACCAUUCUGUCUUUCACUGAUGACCAGGCUGGUUCUGUGUUAUGGCAUAUCAGAUCGCUCCUCGCUCCGACUACUGAUGCUUUACAGCCGGCACUGAUAUUCAAAGUGUGCUUGAGUCUCAUCAAAGGGUAGCACCAGCAAGUUUUAUACUGUUAUUAGGUAUCUGGUUCGAGGUUGCUAUUAAAAACCUUUCUCACAUAGUACGAUCGGCGACUUGAGAUUCUAUGCUCUAUUUCACCAUCAGCGACAUGCUACAUGACAACGCAUUUGAACAUCAUAGGAGGCAGAACACACCUUAGAUGCUUGCUGCUUGUAGGGACCUCGUGUCGCAUUCUUGAUCCAUCAGGAUAAUAUUCAGUUUGUUGGCAUUGAAUGAGAG